UAAUCAGGCGUAGUAGUACAUGUUAAAGGUAAUCCGAUUAAAACCCUGUUAGAUGAAUGGUAAAAACACUAAAAGCAUAAAACUCAACUAAGAAAACUGCAUCAUCUUUGUUUGCCGUUUGCCCCGUCAGAUCUAGAUUGAAAAAACACAAAAAUCUAGAGUAGUAUAUGUUUGGUGUGUAGAGAGUUUGAGACAUCAUUUUAAUUGAUUCAAACCUGAAACUCUCACUCUCUGUGUUGUGUUGGGUUGGGUUGUAGUAUUAUGAUGGGUAGUAGCGAGGAUCCGAACAACAAAGGCGAUUUUCCAUACGAGUCCCCGGCAUCGCAACCCUUUCUAUCGAAACCCUCGUCGUCUUCUUCGGCAGUGGAAGAAGAAUCGGAGUCAAACCAACAAUACCAUCACAUCACUUACAAUUCUGGCCCUCGUUCCUUCAAGGACCUUCCUUUCCUCAUCCUCUUUCUUCUCUUCCUCCUCUCCACCUUCGCCUUUGGCAUCUUCUCCAUCAUCCAUCGAAACAACAACUACCCCUCUCUCUCCUCCUUCACCUUCGACCCCACCACCUCCUCCUGCGUCCUAAACCCUUCUUCUAAUUCUUCCUCCUCCGUCUCCACGUGGCUCUCCCUCCUUCAAACAACAUCUUCAUCGCCUUCUUCGAAAUUGGUGAAGGCUCUCAUAUGGACCCUCGUCAUCACCUUCGUCCUCAGCGUCCCCUUGUGUUGGGCUCUGCUUCUCUUACUCAAGCAUUACACCAAACAGAUUGUCUACGCUUCUAUUCCAUUCUUUAUCGCCAUCCCUAUUUUCCUCAACGUGUAUUGGUUCGUGGCCUGCACCCUCGGCGCGUCUUGCAGCAACGCGUUCCCCCUCGCGUACCGGGUUCUCGUGAUGGUGUUCGUGUUCUUGGUGAUUGGGAUCAUUGUGUGGAUCUUGGUGGUUAAUUGGCAUCGCGUGGAGCUCACCGUGAGCAUAAUCGGGGUUGCUUCCCACGCGCUUUCGAGGAACAUGGCUUUGUUCGGGGUCCUCCCUUGUUUGACCGUUGGGCUGGUGCUGUAUUUCGUGCCAAUCGUGGUUUUCAUGGUGUUUGCGAGGUUUAAUGGGAAGAUUGUGGUGAAGAAUUUGAAGCCUGGAUAUGCUUGUGAAUGGAAGGAGGAUUCUUGGGUGCCAGCUUAUUAUGCUCUGGCUAUUCUCACCACGCUGUGGUCUGCGGCAGCUAUGGUUGAAGCUCAAGUUUAUGUCAUCAGUGGGACUAUUGCUAAUUGGUAUUUCUCCAAGGAACAUCAAACUCCUAGGCGCAGUAUUCGAACUCCUCUCAGAAAUGCUUUUGGUCCUUCUUCUGGCACGAUAUGUUUGUCGGGAUUGCUUGUCUGUGUUGUUCGAAUGGUGCGCUCUGCAGUUGAUAGUGCAAGACAAGAGGAUACUCCUGGGAUAGUGAACCUUGUGUUGCAGUGCUGUGUAAAUGCCUUACUGACGGCAGUUGAUUUUCUUAACAAGUUUACCAUAAACUUUGCUGCAAUAACUGGUGAAGCCUACUGCUCUUCUGCAAGGAUGACAUAUGAACUUCUAAGACGCAAUCUUCUCUCUGCUGUUUUUGUGGAGACCAUCUCAUCUCGCAUCCUGGCUGGAAUUGUCUUUGUUUUUUCUGCAUCAUACACAAUAGUGGCCUGUGUUAUCUUAAAAGCUGGUACCAAUCUUGGGUCUGAUUCAUAUUUUGUGGCUGCGAUGGCAUGGGUGCUACUGAUAGUAGUGCUGGGUUACCUCGUGCAUGUGCUAGACAAUGUAAUUGACACAGUUUACAUCUGCUAUGCGAUAGACCGGGAUAGAGGAGAGGUUUGUAAACAAGAUAUCCAUGAAGUUUACGUUCAAUUACCCAUUAGUAGAAGUCUCAGACAGUCUGUUACUACAAGAACUCUAGGUGUGUAAAUAAUUCUUGAGAUACAAAUGUUUUUGAAUCCCGGGAUUGCUAUUUUAUGGACAGUGUGGAGUUAGAAUUGUCCGUGGCUGUGACUUGUGAUCCUAUUGUGCAUACUCCUGAAUAUUUAUUUAAAAUUUGUUUUCUAUUUUUUUUCUAAGGGUAACUUUUAGUUAAUCUGAAAGUUGACUUCAGUUUUGUGUAACCUUAAUGAUGUAUAUUUUGUUUGGUGGAUAGAGGCACAAGUUUACACUGUUAAUCAGAGAGAUUUGUUGGAGAACUAAGCACAAAAUCUGUAUUACUUUUGCAGUGCUUUCAUUCUUAUUUGUUUUGUGCAUUGAUUUGCUUUAUUCCCCUUUAGGCGUUUGUAUACUAUUGUCUUAGUCUUGAAGCCGUGUAAAAUAGUAAAAGCUACAAUUCCAAGUA